UCGUGAUACAUCGGUGAUCGCCGUCAGACAGCAGCGCCAAAAACCGAGCACGAACGGAGCGGAUGCGCGCGCGCACCGCCAUUGGCGGAAUCACAGAAAUGUCGCGGAUUUCGAACCGCGUCGCCACGAUAGGCGCGGCGCUCGCCAUCGUUUUGCUCGUGAUACUGUUGGUAAUAUUGUGGUCGGACGUACGCAACAUGGACAGGCUCGAGCCGGACGCCGCUCGAAUACGGAAGAAUUCAACGGUCGAGCGGGUCGUCAAUGAGACGUGGAGGAAGAAGAAGCAGCAAGCCGCCGGCCUGCACGUCACCACGCAUCUCGUUAACACAUUCGGCCGGCCUCUGAUCGAGCAGAACUUCACGAACGAAGUGUUCCCCGACGAGUCACAAAACACGAAGAGGUACAAUGACACCUCAAUCGACGUUUUGCCGCCCAUUAAGGAUAAUCUGGAGUACGUGAAGCCCUUAAAAAUUAGCCAAAAUCAAUACGAGGAUCCGCCCGAAGAGUUUUCCACGGCGAAGAGACAUCACAGCGGUCACUUCCGCCACACGUCGGCCAAGAUAUGGGACCCGCAUCCGCAGUACGAAUUUACUGCCUUCGGCAAGCGAUUUCGCUUGCGAUUAGCGCACGACGCCAGUUUCGUGUCUCCUGACAUAAAGGUGACGCACAUGAGCGAAAACACAACUAGGAGGGAGCACGCGGGUCAUCACUUGGGCUGCUUCUAUAGCGGAUCAGUCGAUGGCGAUCCAAGUUCAGCGGUCAGUGUCAGCCUUUGUCACGGAAUGACCGGUCACAUGAAGACGUCUAUGGGAAGCUACUUCAUCAAACCCACGGAACACUGGCGCGAAGAUGACAAAGACUCCCUUGGAUCCUCGUUGCAACACGCGAUCUACCGUGUACCCGCGACGGCGUCGUCCAGCUUCACCGAAGACACUGGUUUCGAUAUUACUGAGGACGAAAUCAGGAAUCACAACUGCGGCGUGAUAGAUUACGACUUAAACGACACCCCUUCUCCGUCGACGGACGAUAGUUCCGCUGGUAAGAUUUACGUCGGGGAGCGUCCGCGGGAGCGCAGAUCAUUGACGCGGAAAACCGCAUCGUUGAGACGUUCCAAGGAGGAGGAAAAGGAGUACGAGCGAUUCACAGAGCAGAGCGAGUAUCGUCGGGCCCUCUUCGAGGAAGAGGACCAUGACAAUAGAUACCACAGUAUAGAACGUGAGCGCAGCUAUCAGAACGGAGGACACUCUCAAGACUUGGAUCCUUUUGUCACGUGGAGACCACGGCGAGCAUUACCGCGCGAAUACUUCAUCGAGAUUAUGGUGGUGGCUGACAAGAAAAUGGUAGAUUAUCACGGUAGCGGCCUGAUCAGCUAUAUCUUGGUCCUAAUGAGCACGGUCUCACGAAUCUACAAAGACCAGUCGAUUGGUAAUCCGGUGAGCAUAGCUGUUAUGAAGAUUAUCAAGACCGAUGUAAUGUUCGGUGAGAAGCAUACCGGAAGCGACGGAAUCGCGGCGGCUGAAAUGUUGAAGCGAUUUUGCAAUUGGCAGAAGCACAACAAUCCGGACGAGCCCUCUCCAGAACACCACGAUGCUGCACUUCUUUUAACCAGAGAAAAUUUGUGUCACAAUCCGGGUCAGAAGCGUUGUGACACUCUGGGGUUGGCCGAACUUGGUAGAAUGUGCUCGCCAGGAUCUUCAUGCGCUAUUGUACAAGACAAUGGGUUGGCCGCGGCGUUUACCAUCGCGCACGAAAUUGGUCAUGUACUCAACAUGCCGCAUGAUGACGAUCCCAAGUGCGCGGGUUUCAGGAACCGUUCGGGUGUGCACAACGUGAUGUCCCGUAUGCUGGACGAUAAUACCUUUCCUUGGGAAUGGUCUAAAUGCUCCCGGCACUAUGUCACCGAAUUUCUCGAAGCCGGCUACGCCAACUGCUUGUUGGACGAGCCCAGCAAGAUGAUGGAAAGGCAGGACGGUCGCUUGCCCGGCGAGGAUUAUUCGGAGAACAAGCAAUGCGAGCUCGUCUUCGGGCAAGGCUCCAGAAUCUGCCCUCACAUGGUGAGUGAUGUGUGUAGGAGAUUGUGGUGCACCGCGCCAUUGUGGGAUCAUCAUCAGCAGUGUCAUACCCAGCACAUGCCAUGGGCGGACGGUACCUCGUGCGGAGCCGACAAGUGGUGCCACCGCGGCGAGUGCGUUUCUCGCAGGAAUCUCGAACCGGUGGACGGCCAGUGGGGCGAAUGGGGAAGAUACGGCGAGUGUUCGCGCACCUGCGGCGGUGGUGUCAAGAGGAAGUAUCGCGAGUGCGACAAUCCGGCGCCGAAGAACGGCGGCAAUUACUGUGUCGGCGAGCGCGUCAAGUACCGCAGCUGCGGCAUCAGGGAGUGUCCACCGGGUAGUCCGGAUUUCAGAGAACAGCAGUGUUCGAAAUUCGAUAACAAUAACUUCAACAUUCAGAAUCUCGCCAGAGACGUCAAGUGGCACGCAAAGUAUACUAGAAUACUAUCACAAGAUCGUUGCAAGCUGUACUGUCAAGUGGAGAGCAAUCAGUAUUACAUGUUGCGCGAUAAAGUGAUCGACGGAACACCCUGUGGCCCCGAUACAUUUCAUAUAUGUGUAAACGGUCAAUGUAAGCCGGCUGGAUGCGAUCACGUUUUGAAUUCGACAGUAGAGCUCGAUACCUGCGGAGUCUGCCGAGGUGACAAUUCUACCUGUCAGAGGAUCACCGGUUCCUACAACGCCAGCACGUACGGUUACACGAGAGUGGCUAAGAUUCCUGCCGGCAGCAGCUACAUCGACAUCAGGCAACGCGGGUGGCUGGGGUCGCACAAUGAUAGCAAUUAUCUCGCACUGCGAAUCGGAGAGGACGGUGAAUACGUCCUGAACGGCAAUUUCAUGGUAAUGCAUCGCAAGGUGAUCGUGCACCCGGGCGUCACCAUCGAAUACAGCGGACCGGAAUCGAUCGUCGAGCGGCUCAACAGUUCUCGGCCGAUCGCUAUCGAUCUAAUUUUGGAGGUAUUAUCCGUAGGAAAUGUGUAUCCGCCACAGAUUACGUAUGAAUACACCGUGCCGAAGAAGAUUCUGAACAGCUUCACGUGGCUGCUCAGCGACUGGUCGGCUUGCAGUCAAAUGUGCCAGGGUAUGAAGUAUCGUAGGGCCGAGUGCAGGAGUACCGAGCACAAAGAGGUGGUGCCUGAUGAUUAUUGCAGAACCGAGAAUAAGCCGCAGGAGGAGAAUCAAGUAUGCAACGCGUAUUGCAUGCUGCAGUGGCAGACGACUUCCGUGUCCGAGUGCUCGAAUCAUUGCGGUCCGGGCGUUCAGACAGUCACUUCGCGAUGCGUUCAAGUCUCAUUGGACUCGACGCAUCCUCCACAGCCGAUAUCGACACACGUGUGCUCGCACAUCGAGAAACCAAGUGAACAUCAACCUUGCAUGGGCCCGUGCGACGACGCUCAUUGGAGCUACAGCGAGUGGAACGGCUGCAGCGUCUCGUGCGGCGGCGGUGUGCAAUUUAGAAACGCAAAGUGCGUUGAUUCGAACGAGCGACAGGUGCGAGAUGAUAACUGCGCCGAACAGGAGAAGCAUCUCAAGAGAAUAUGCGGUCAAGAAGCUUGCCCGAAAUGGGAUCUGGGCGAAUGGAGUUCGUGUUCCGUGACAUGCGGCGUGGGGAAACGGCACAGAGACUCCUGGUGUCAUGUCGAGAAUCGCGUGGUACCGCGUACCUACUGCAGCGGUACGCCAAACGGAACGACGGAGGUCUGCGAUGCAGGUCCUUGUCAUUACUGGCAUGCCGGCGACUGGAGUCCGUGCUCGGUGACGUGUGGUGAAGGAACGCUACGAAGGAAAGUUGUCUGCAAAAGUGCCGACGGCAUGACGAGUGACAAAUGCCCCGUGUUGGAGAAACCGAAUGACUCUGCUUCCUGUACGCUGAAACCAUGCCCUACUGUUGCGAGCCUACCACCGAUCAUUUACUCGUCUAACCCAUCGCGCGAAGAUCUUUCGCAACAAGAGAACGAAAUUGACAGCAACGGCAUCACAUUCCACUCUGGUUACAAGUGGCAUACAGGAUCGUAUGGUGAGUGCUCGAAGGCGUGCGAUACCGGAUACAGAAGCAGGAUCGUAAAGUGUGUGUCCUCGGAGGCAGGAACUGUUGCGCCCGAUUAUUAUUGCAACUCACGUCAACAACCGGUAACCAGGAGCGCCUGCAAUCGUCAUCCGUGUCCAACUUGGGUUACCGGUGACUGGAGUGAGUGCGAUAUGGAAUGCGAUCAUGGAUUCCAGCAUCGUCAAGUUCGUUGUCAAAGCCAUCACGGCGAGACUUUACCGGACAGGGAGUGUACUGACCAACGACCGAAGCAUAUACGAAGAUGUCAGAAGGAGCCUUGCAGAGGCGGUCCUAAAAACAGCAGGGAGAAUAAUUUCGAUUUCAACAUUGUCCGCAGAUGGAGAAUGUCUGAUUGGACUCCCUGUUCUAAAUCGUGCGGCUACGGGAUUCAGACGCGAAGAGUGGAAUGUAUAAUCAGAAGAGGCAACCAUGGGCCGGAAAUACCCGUUACGGAUGAGCUGUGCUCGAGAACGAAACCGCGCAAACCAAAAUCGCAGAGAUUAUGCCAGCGUAUUGCCUGCGACUAUACUUGGCAAGAGGGCACCUGGUCGGAGUGUUCGGCGGAGUGCGGCGAAGGUAAACAACGUCGCGCGGUCACUUGCCAUCAUGUGAACCUCUACGGAUGGAUCGACCCGACACCGACGGAAGGUUGUCCAAUGGAUCAAAAACCGACUGGUGAGCAGAUCUGCAAACUGCGCGAAUGCAGUGACAAAUAUUAUUGGACCGCUGGCGCCUGGAAGAAGUGCAGCCAUCCUUGUGGACGCAAAGGCCGACAAAAUCGUAGACUCUAUUGCCACGACAGAACCGGUAAGAAAGUCGCGCGAUACUAUUGCCCGAUGGAAUUCAAGCCGCAACGAAAGCGCAAGUGCAAUCAGAGAAGGUGCGGACCAACCUCCUGUCUAGAAAUUCAGAAACGUCACCGAACCACCACUGAUGGUGAAUAUUCAUUAUUGAUCGGUGGUAAAAAUAUGACAAUCUAUUGCCACGGGAUGUCGAGCGCCGAGCCACGUGAAUACUUGACGCUACCAGCUGGUCAAAGUGAAAACUAUGCGGAAAUCUACAACAAAAGGUUAAGAAAUCCACACGUGUGUCCAUUCAAUGGCCAGAGGAAUGACAGUUGCACUAGUUGCGUGUCUGAAUUUUCAACGAUUUCUGGCAAAACGAUGUUCAAGAGAGUACGCAUAGAUCCUGUGAGACUCUACAUUAUAGCAAACGAUUAUACGUUCUCAUGGACGCACGGGAUAAAACGCGUAGAGUAUGGUAAGGCCGGUGAUUGUUACAGUCUUGCUAAGUGCCCGCAGGGUCGCUUCAGCAUUGAUCUGACAGGAACUGCUCUAAGUUUAUCAUCGGAAGUCGCAUGGAUCCCGGACACCUCAAGCGCUUCUCUUGCGAUUAAUAAGAUCAAUAAUCAGCGAAUCUUCGGCAAGUGCGGCGGUUACUGCGGCUUCUGCAAGCCGAAGAUAGGUCUAAAGCUGGACGUCUUACCUCCCUAGUCACAGUCGUCAACAUUUCAUGCCGCAUCUAUCUAUUCUACGCGUGUCACACGAUCUACGGAGAAUCUUCAGGAUAUCCGAGAUGUUUCACGAGGUAGCGAGAACGUGACCAACACCACCAACCUAUCACGCGUACACUAGUAAGCAUUUUUCUUCUCAUUAGGAACAUCCCGAUUAAUUUUCUAAAUCGCUGGCCGCAAGGGAAGAUUUGUUUUCUUUCCUUUUAACUUGUAAGGCUUUGUUGGAAUCGGAUUAUUCUAACAGAGGUAAGAGGAAAAAUCGAUAGUUGCGUGCGCGUGAAAAGUUUAGCGUUUAAAAUUAAUGCUGUUGGCAUCCGGCUAAAUGAACCUGUUAUCUCACUUGGGUUUCUUAGAUAUUUCGAGAUCGCAACAUCGGUUAACUCUCUGCAGUUUUGGACAGUGGAAUCUGUUGAUACAGAUCUUGUGUUACAAAUAUUAUUAAGUCUGUUGCUACUACUACUAUUAUUAUUACUAUUACUGCUAUUAGAAUACGUCAGAUCAUUAUCAGACUUUUCUCGAUUAUUGUCGUCAGUUUGCUGUCAAGUUAUAUCGACAAGCUCUGCCGGGAAAGUACUAGCUUAAUGCAGACACAAUCGAUAGCUGUAUUUGUCGCUGAAAUUUAACAAUCGGAGAAUCUAAUUGCAGACAGCAAUUAUCCACAUUGCUUUUUUGUUUAUAUAGAAAAUUGACUUGAAAUAUCGAAAAACCCUAGUAUAUUUGUACUCUAGCAGCAAAUAUUAGUCGGCCAAUGGUCAGUUGCUAUAGUUUCAAUAUUGAUCCAGUGUUCGGGUACUUUCCAGGCAUCCAAGUACUUGGAAUAUUAAAGAAGUAUUUGUAUACCGAAUGACUGUUCGCGAGUGCGCAGGUGUACAGAUAUUAUUUUUAUACCGACAGCAUUAAUUUAGAUAAAUACCCGUCGAUUCCGCGACUACGAGCCGUGGUACUGUAACCACCGACAUGCUUUAAAUUCGAUUAGUUUCUUAGUAGCACUCGAUGAGAAAAAUAUAUCGACUAACGAUACCGAAAUUCAGUUCGCGGAUCGGGAAGUUGCUGGCCGAUAUACCGACAUGCACAUGACACCAUAUCCAAGCUAUCACUGCCGUCACGCGUGUGCGAUUGUAAAGAUUAAAAUCACCAUCUUCAAUUACGGGGUCUGCGUUGCGUUGAUGGCCAAUUGUCUCAAUGACAGACAAUGCCAAGCCGGAAUUGUACGCAUUGUCAAUUGAGGAAUGCGGAUCAAUACAAACGGUAAGUUCGACAUUUAAGUACGAGUUUAAGUCUAUCGUUAUUAAAUUUGCGAUUGUGCGCACAGUCAACGUUUUUUCUACAGAUGCGACAAAAGCAAUUUCUCAAGCGAUCGUCUUACCAGAGUAGAUCCCGUACUUGAAGCCUAGUUCGAUCUGUAUAGUUGUCCUUCUUCUUUUCUUUCAUGAGUGAAUUUGUCUACGAUUGUAGACAAGAACACACGACAUGUGUGCAUUUAAAUACAGGAAAACAUUUGUAUGCCAACUUACAAACAUACGAUUACGUAUAAUCGUGACGCGUCUGAGGAAAAAAUUUCUACAAGUGCAAAAUGAAAAUAGUUACGCGAAGAUUGGAUGAUUACGACGUAUGUAAGUCAAUAUUAUUCAGAAUCAUAUCAGUUUUUUUAUUUGCAAUAGUUUAAAGGGGCAGAGAGGGAUGAUAUUUUGGAAUAAAGGGAUUAAUAACUCGAGAUAAAGAAUCGAUAAGCUAGUAAAAAUGGGAAUGAGAUGAGGUUAAAAUUUCGGUGAAGAAUAAUCGCGGAUACUCGUCUUGACUUUAUCCUCGCAAAAAAUUCGAUAAUUUACGUACUUACGUCCGAGUUUUCAAUUAGACCAGUUGUCGAAUAGUUGCUCUAAAAGAAACAUACAGUAUAUAUUUCACACUCAUGCUCCAAGUAAUCGAUAAUGGCACUUGUACCAUGAUUUUCUAUGAGCCUUACGCGUUACGAUUAAUACUAUGCUCUCUUUCAAUGAUCUUACGAUCCUACAGUUUGCUAUUAAUCGUGAUGCACUGCCAUAUUUUUUGUAGCGUCUUAUCGAGACGUUAGAAAGAAAAAAUAUUAGCAAAGAACGAUAUUUUAUUUUUACCUUUAGAAAUAAAAUAUCGAGAUGUGACGUAAGCGUAACUGAGGCGAAUAUUUUGAAACUAGAACAAAUAACGGCAAUCCGUAGUUCUUAAGUAGAGAAAUUUAUAUACAUGUCCAGAUUAUAGAGAUGUGAUUUACAACACAUCCAUAAUCAAUUUUGAAAUCACAAUUUGCAGCUGAUUAAGAGCAGAAGUUUUAUAAAGCACGACGAACGAAUUCUAUUUCGUUAUUUAUCGUCUUUUUAUACAUUUUUUCUUGCGCAAUGAGCUGCAAAAAAGUUUGUGAGAUCGUUGCGAAAAGAAACAAGCUGUAGGAUAUCUCCUUUUUUUAUCUCAAACUUACAUAUAAAAAAAGAUACUGUUUUGGAAAUGUAAUUUCUAGUUAUGUCAAGUAUAAUUGUAUUAUGUUACUGGUACCAUUUUAUGUGGAAUUUGUACAAAAACCGAUAAUAUUUAUGCUAUGAGAAAUACGUACGAUAAGUGUAAAACAUAAGAGAACUUUAUCGCACCGCGCUUAGAAACGGUAUUAACGUUAGUGCAGUGCCAGAGUUAGUUAACGCUGAAUAACCAACAAAAAAUUGGUCAGUACAAUAAUUUACUUUGCCAACGGUCGCGAGAUCGUCUCAUAAAAUGCUAACAUCGUUCCGUUUAUAGAACACUUUGAACCAGGCGCUUGUUAGUUAUAUGAACGCGCGCAUUUUGACAGACUGCCAUAGUUAAUAUGUAUGUAUUUGUAUGCAUAUAUUGUGUGUGUGUGUAUGGUUGUUUGUUUGUGGUAUGUAUAAUGUGUGUGUAUAUGUAUAUGUGUAUGUUUUUAUGAAUGUAUGUUUUUAUGAAUAUAUGUUGCGUGUGUGUAGGUAUGUUUGUAUACAUGUAUGUAUGAUAAAUGUAUUUAUGCAUACGUAAUUAUUAAGUACGUAAGGAAUAAUUUUUCAAACACGGCCACAUAGCAUAAUAAGAUUUGAUAAGGACAUGAAUUGCGUGACUUAUCUGGCAAGUGCAGUGCAAGAAUAUACAAGUAUUUUUUUUUCGUUUUUUUAGUGAGCAUUUUGUGUCGAAAUUAGCGCUAUUGGAGUCGCGAGAGCUUCGACGAUGAUGUGAAGAGAUACGUGUGAAAAAGCGAUGUUUGCGCGAUCAUUGUAUUAAUGUUAGAUAAGUUAAUGACAGACGGUGCUAAAUAAGUCGUUGGUGACGAACAGUGAAUUCUAUGCUAUACUGGAAAGAGAAAAAUUUGUGUGCGCGUGUCGCGUAUGUAAUGUGUGUAAUAGAUUAAACUAUAUGAAAUAAUUGUAAUUAUAUAAAUAUUGAUAAAACAAGAUGAAAAGAUGCAUGUUACUUUCAUCUUAUCAAUUAAGCUCAACGUACAGCAAUGUAAGCAUUUGGCGAGCGCUAAUUAAAGCCGAAGUGCAGUCAUAUGUAUUUGACUGUUUGAUAGCCUAUUUGAAGUCGAUCAAGCCGAAAAAAGUUAAUAAAACUAUUGUUUGCAAUAAAGAACAUAGAAAACGAUUGACAAAUCAAAAUUUACUAGACAAGGACAGAGAUGGUAGAGCCUCAUCUACUUCAGUUUCUUUUCUUUUGGUAUACAGGCUAAGCAUGGUAGUUCUCUUUCUAAUAUAAUAUAGAGUUCACUAGUGGCGAGAUAUUCCGCGGACUGCGGCGCAGUUUAGCGUGCCAUUUCAAGGGAAACUUUUAUAUUGUGCGACGACAACGAGUAGCUUUCGCGUGGUUCGCAGCUCUUGCACGCGGACUGCACAGUUCAGCCAUAUCUCACCGAGCAAUUCGGCGAGAAAAGCGGCCUAUUUACGCGGUUUUACGUAUCUAGUAUCAAAGGCAGCUAAUUGGUCGGUUAUCGAUCUGUUCUGCAGUACCAUCCGUUCCGUUUUAUGUACUUCUUUUUUCUUAUAUACGUUCUGACAUAUCAACGUAUCAUGUAUCCGCGAAUCAUGUAUUACUUGCACACAAUGUGCACUAGAUAUCUAUAAAUGCUCUCAUCUAGUGCGAGCACUUCUUAAACGCACUUUACCCGGAUACUUACGUAAGAUGUGCAAAUACCACCACCGAAUGUCGUUCUCAUUAUUCGGAUUUAUAUUGGCCGACUUGCAAACAAUGCUCUCCAACUUACACGGCAAUAUACUUUGAAGGAUAAAACCGGAGUACAAAACAA